CUGGUUGAGUGAUCGAAAGUAAAAGAAAACUUCUUCCGGGAGGCCUUUCCAACCCCACCUCCUUCCUCCCCCUCCCCCUUGCCUCGUUACAAGGGAUUUUUCUCCGGUUGUGAGAACCCGCCUCAGUCAUUGGAACGUGUGAAGUUAGGCAGUCUAGGGGUCUUGGCAUCGGGAGCUUGGUGACUGUGAUGUUGCCAGGGUGGAGCAGAUGUGCCAGGAGAGAGAGGCCUGUGAAGCGGCUGCCGCUGUGAGGGUUCUGGGACUUGCCUCUGGUGAACACGUCUUUGUUUGUUAGUUGCUGGUCGUUACUCUAAAAGCACGAUAGGUGUUGUAUACUCACAACACUUCAGGAGAUAUUGCUCUUUUGAUCCCACCUUACCGAGGAGGAAUCUCACCCUUGUAGGCUGUGAGCUGCCCAGGCCUGGGCCAGUGCCCCAGCUGGGUUCUGGUCCAAGUUCUUUCGGACCCCGCAGCCCCAGACUCUGAACCACCGCACUGCCUGCCUCUCCGACAGUCAGCUGCAGGUAACAACUACAUUCUCCUAACGCUUGAUCAGCAUGAAUUUCAACAGAUGUCUGUAUAAUAUUGGGGAACAGCUGGGCAGUGAAGACCUGGCUGCCCUCAAGUUCCUGAGCCUGGACUACAUUCCACAUAGGAAGCAGGAACCCAUCAAGGAUGCCUUGGUGCUAUUCCAGAGGCUCCAGGAAAAGAGAAUGUUGGAGGAAAGCAACCUGUCCUUCUUGAAGGAGCUGCUUUUCCGAAUGAAUAGACUGGAUCUGCUCACCUACCUGGACACCAGUGAGGAGGAGAUGGAGAGGGAGCUUCAGAUGCCGGGCAGGGCCCAGAUCUCUGCCUAUAGGGUCAUGCUUUUUCAGAUUUCAGAAGAUGUGACCAAACAGGAAUUGAAGGACUUCAAGUUUUUUUUGAGCCAGGAGAUCGCCAAAUGUAAGCUGGAUGAUGACAUGACCUUGCUUGAUAUUUUCAUAGAGAUGGAGAAGAGGGUCAUGCUAGGGGAAAGAAACUUGGACACCCUGAAAAGAAUCUGUGAGCAAAUCAACAAGAGCUUGCUGAAGAAAAUCAACGAUUAUGAAGAACUAAGCAGAGAGCAAGGAAUGAGCCUUGGAAGAGGUCCAGAUGAAUUUUCAAACGAUAUGUCACAAUUGUUUAUAAGGGGGGGCUCCCUUGAAAUGCUGGCCAUGUCGGACUCUCCAGGAGAAAAGGACAGUGAGUCACAGAGUCAGCUCCUGGGUUGGAUUUUUGUUUUCCAGACAUCGAACACAGUUUACCGAAUGAAAAGCAAACCUCGGGGAUACUGUUUGAUCUUUAACAAUUAUGAUUUUAGCAUAGCAAGGAAGGAUGUGCCCAAACUUCAUAGCAUGAAGGAUAGGAAUGGAACAAACUUGGAUGCAGAGGCUUUGAGAAAGACCUUUAGUGAGCUUCAUUUUGAGAUAGUGCAUUACAAAGACUACACUGCGAAGAAAAUCUGUGAGGUUCUGAAAUCCUAUCAAAGCAUGGACCACAAUAACAAGGACUGCUUCAUCUGCUGCAUCCUCUCCCAUGGAGACAAAGGCAUCAUCUAUGGCUCCGAUGGGCAGGAAGCCCCCAUCUAUGAGCUGACCUCUUACUUCACUGGUUCAAAGUGCCCUUCCCUUCUUGGCAAACCCAAAAUCUUUUUUAUUCAGGCUUGUCAAGGGUAUAACUACCAGAGAGGUAUAGCUGUUGAAACUGACUCAGAACAGAAGGAAACCUAUUUAGAAAUGGAUUCAUCGCUUCAGAAGAGAUAUAUCCCAGAUGAGGCCGACUUUCUGCUGGGGAUGGCCACCGUGGACAACUGUGUUUCCUACCGAAGCCCCAUGGAGGGGACCUGGUAUAUCCAGUCACUUUGCCAGAGCCUGAGAGAAAGAUGUCCUAGGGGUGAAGAUAUUCUCACCAUCCUCACCAAGGUGAACUUUGAAGUAAGCAAUAAGGAUGACAAGAAAAAUAUGGGCAAACAGAUGCCACAACCUACUUUCACACUGAGGAAAAAACUCUUCUUUCCCCUUAAUUGAUGCUAUUGUUUAGUUGCAUAACUAAACAAUAGUUAAAAUGCUGCUAUUUUAUUCUUUCUUUCUUUCUUUCUUUUUUUUCUUGAUAGCUGGAAGUCAAGAGAAUGGGAAUCAGGACAAUAUAAUUUUUAUGCAAAUUCAAUCUAAAUCUCUGGCUUUGCAAUAGCUAGACAGUCAUAGCUGUAGGCAUGAUUUUAAUUGUAUUUUUAAUUUGAUGAGAAGGUUUAAAAAUGAACUUAUAGUAGAUACAAAAAGUAUAGUAAGUUUAAAAGAAAUGUCAAAGAUCACUGAGGGGGAUAUUUGUGAUCUGAUCUGGCUAAAAAAAACCCUCAUGUGUUGAGGUUGAGGGUAUAAUGCUCCCACAUCCAGCCUGAUUGCUGGUGGUGAGUGUGACAAACUAUCCCAGAAACAUGUGAGCUUCCUCUCCUGUGCCAUGAGCUGACUUUGCUUUUCAGUGGUGAAGGACACCACUGUUUAGACUUAGAUUUCAAAAACCUAAGCAUGAUUUUCCUUGUUUUUAUUACUCAUAAGUACAGUAUUCAGCUCACUUUUAAGAGGAAUGAUGUUAAUUGGAUAUUGGGCUUCCCUGGUGGUGCAGUGGUUGAGAAUCUGCCUGCCAAUGCAAGGGACACGGGUUCGAACCCUGGUCUGGGAAGAUCCCAAAUGCCGCGGAGCAACUAGGCCCGUGAGCCACAACUACUGAGCCUGCGCGUCUGGAGCUUGUGCUCCACAACAAGAGAGGCCGCAACCAUGAGAGGCCCGCGCACCGCAAUGAAGAAUGGCCCCUGCUUGCUGCAACUAGAGAAAGCCCUUGCACAGAAACGAAGACCCAACACAGCCAAAAAUAAAGAAAGAAAGAAAGAAAGAAAGAAGAAAGAAAGAAAGAAGCUUUCAUUAAAAAAAAAACUAAUAAACAGAAACCUCAAAUAGAGUAGGGAAACCAGAAGUUUAUUUUGGAUCUGUUGCUUAUUAUUUUGUCUAUUCCCUCUGCUGAAGCAAUCACCAUGUUUUUUUGAUACCCUUAUCUUAAAAUACAGCUCUUGGCUCAUGUGACUUUUCUAGCAAUAAAAUUUAUUAUUCUUUA